AUGCAAGAUGAAGGCCAACUUGAUCCACUCAAAAUUGUUGAACUGCGCCAAAGAGCUCUAGCGGCGUUGGCACAGGGUGUAAAUGUGGAUGAACUCACCAAUGCUUACGACCAAGGAGUUGAUGUGGAUGGAGUUGCAGAUGCUAGUGAUCAAGGAGUUGAUGUUGGGCCUUCCACCGCUGCCCCCACCACCUCUGGGCGUUCAGAGGCCACAGAAAAUGAGAUGAGAUCAAAUAGACAAAAGGAAGAAGCAAGCACACAUGCCACUACUACUGGCAGUGCCAGCAUAAAUGUUACAAGAGUGGAACGCCAAGAAAGCAACUUCGAUGUUCUAAAGGUUGUUGAAGCCAGAGCCAGAGCCAGACAAGCCAACAUGGAACUAUCAUGA